AUGGCCAAUUCAGAUGAUAUGUUGCUCAAAGGCGAGCCUUUCGAGGAUGCGCCGCCAGCACCGUUUCGAAAUGCUUCGGCGUACAACCCACUACAUGACUUCGUACUACCACCGGGUACCGAGCGACACUACUCGCAACAAUUCGCCGACAUGUACUUCUUACGUUUGAUGCAAUUGAAGAAGACGGUGAAGCAAAGAGCUGAGGAUGCAUGGCACGACUUUGAGCUAGGUGGACAAAAGGCCAGCUUUGUCGAGCGUGUGCUGGAUGUGCGCCAGGGCGAGCUUUGCUGGGUAGUGGGAACAGUGUACAUGGAAAUGGCAGAGAAGCCCAAUGUCCUGAACGACAUUGAGAAAGACCACUGGAUAGCAGACCCUCCUCAACGCGACACCUACGUAUCUUCCUCCGGCGCUGACGAGAUGAUGCUCGAAGACGAGUCUGGCCGUCUGCGCGUUACUGGCGAGCCUUUGCACCAACACUUUGUCACGGGAUGUAUACUGGCGGCACUGGGCACCGAAGAAGCAGACGGCACAUUUAUGGUCAUUGCAACUCAAUGUGCAGAUCUACCGAGACAACCACCACGAUGGGAACGCGACGACGUAGCGCUAUCAAAGGAGAAGAAGAAGGCACCACAACGUGAAAGGGCUGGAAAGCUGGCCAUUGUCUCAGGUCUGGAAUUGACUGGGGCAGACGACGAUGAGGUUUCGCUGGAUCUGCUGGUGGAAUAUCUGACCGGCGAAGCUGCAGACCCAGCAACACAGGCCGAGUCUUCCAAGAUAACACGACUCGUCAUAGCAGGUGGCUCACUGUCAAAGGGCUCACCUAUUCUAUCGCGAGAAGACUUUGCUGCGAAGAAGAGCGCAGCAAGACACUACGGAUACGACGCCUCGUCCUACAACGCAGCACCUACCACACGCCUCGACGAGUUUCUCUGCGAAAUCCUUCCCUCGCUCCCCAUCACUAUGCUCCCAGGAGCAUCGGAUCCUUCAAACGUCGCCUUGCCACAACAACCCCUCCAUCCUGCUCUCUUCCCUAAGACACGCCUCUACGCUGAGCCACCAAUAGAAACCAACACAACCCUUAACGGUUUCGACGCGGUGACAAACCCUUGGUUAGGCGACAUCGACGGAUACCGUGUGCUAGGCACAGGAGGCCAGACAGUCAAAGACUUACUCAAAUAUGUCAAUCGUGUCAAAUCGAUAGACGCCAUGGAGAUGAUGCUGCGCUGGCGCUGCGUAGCACCCACAGCCCCAGAUACGCUAUGGUGCUACCCGUUCCAAGACGAAGACCCAUUGAUGCUAAAAGAGUGUCCGCACAUGUACUUUGCCGGCUGCCAGAAUAAGUUUGAGAAGAAAGUUAUCGAGGGUUCUGCGGGACAAAAGGUGCUGCUUGUUAGCGUACCCAAGUUCAGGUCUUCGGGCACGAUUGUGCUGGUUGAUAUGGAGAGCUGGGACGUGGAAGUCGUCAAGCUGGGGGCCAAGGGCAACAAGGCUUCGAACCAACGAAUUGAGGUAAAGGGAGAGGACACAAUGGAGGAGUAG